AUGCCCAUCUCAUUGAGAAUAGUCGUCGAUUUCUCGGAUGGCGAGGAAGACGACCAGUUCCCCUACGAUCUCAGCGUUUACCCGUUUUAUAACCCGGCUCUCACAACGGAAGAACGCUUGCGACUGCUCCCAGACUUCCGCGUUUCCUUUACAGUACCGCAGUGGAUUUCCCACUCUGUCGCCCGCCGGAUGCUCUGGAAGUUGAUCGUCUAUUUCCUCCAGAGGGCGCGAUCAUCCAUCCAAGGCCUCGAAGCGCAUAUGGGCACGGAUGGGCGGUCGUUUGUGCGUCAAUUUGAGCGCUUAUUCGCGUUAACCAUCGAUUUCGAGCGAUUCGAGAACGCCAGCUCCGGUCUCAUUGUACAAUGGUGCCUGAAGCUCCACAUUACGAGCAAGGGGAGCAGCAGUCGCGCGUACAACCGCAGCAUAAGUAAUGCAGUCACGGUCGGCAUCAUAACGCCGACUGUAUCUCUGUCAAGAUCUGGAGCAUCACGCCGACGUCCGGGAGCAUCGCGCGCGCUCCGUUCGGGAUCGUCAAUCGGCUCCCACACCACGUCGCCGCCCGACUACGACCAGCUAUCUCGGAUGGCCUCUUAUGCCGGAAGCAGUAGUAUCAAUCAAAGUGCCCGCAGCCGCCCUCAGCUCCAAAUCACAGAUGGACCAUCCUCUGGCAUGAGUAGUCACGCAUCCCUCGCCCGACGUGAACGCUCACUCCCUCCUCUUCCCUUGCCUGAGGCAGAGUCUCAUCCCAAUAUUGAGGACGUUCCACCUGCCAUCAAUGAUGUGCAACCUUCCAUCGAUAACGCUCCACCUCCCGAGAUUAUUUUCGGGUCAGAAUUCACACUUGUGCUCACCGAUGACGAUCCACGGUCACUGCAGGGCACAUUGUCUGUGCAAUGGGAUGGGGAGGAACUUGCUGCCGCAAGCAUUCAGGUCCUGUCUGGCAACGAAGAUGUCACCGAAGAGUGCUUCAAUUUUGACUUUGAGGAGUACUGCACCGAUACCCGAAGUAUUGGCUCAAAUGUCUCAGUUAACUCAACUGAGGCUGUUGUGGACGGUGGAUACCCUGAAGUAGAGGCUUGA